GAAGGUAACAAGUGGUGAGCCUGGCAGGACCUUGUUGAUGGUAACAUUGCUGAAGAAAUAAAAUGUCAGCGAUGGAGGUGGAUCCACAGGAGGAAGAAGUCGAGGUGCCCUCCUCAAGCACCUCUAAGCAGGACAAGAAGAGGUUCGAGGUCAAGAAGUGGAAUGCUGUGGCUCUCUGGGCAUGGGAUAUUGUUGUUGACAACUGUGCCAUUUGCCGGAACCAUAUUAUGGAUUUAUGCAUAGAAUGUCAAGCUAACCAGGCCUCAGUAACAUCAGAAGAAUGUACCGUAGCAUGGGGAGUGUGUAAUCACGCUUUCCAUUUUCACUGUAUAUCCCGAUGGCUGAAGACCCGUCAAGUCUGCCCCCUAGAUAAUAGGGAAUGGGAAUUCCAGAAAUAUGGCCACUAGAAGAAUUAGAUAAGUAAUAUUUCUUGUGUGUCUUCAACUAUUCUACACUUCAUUAUACAAUACCUGUAUUUAGUAUUUUGGUCAUGUUGAAGAAAUUCAGCCUUUCUUAUAUUGUGACAUUACUCUCUCGACAUACACCUUGUUUAGUGCUUGUGGAUAAUCUAGACUAAAUAAAGUACUUGUGGGUUUUUUUUAA